AGCACUCACUAAGCGGUUGAAGUAACCAGAAACUGUAUCGAGGAGUGCUCGUAUUUUGUUGUGUUUGUUUUUUUUAAGUUCAAAAAUUUGUUUCAAUUCUUAAAAUACAUUUAAAAAAAAUGUUUUCAAUCAAAUUAAUGAUUUUCUUGAUUGCCAGUGGUGCAACUAUAACAAUCACCGGUGCUGUUGAAGAAAAGAUUAACGUUUUAGUCAUGUACGAAUCACUUUGUCCCGACAGUGUUCGUUUUAUGACAAACCAACUUGGACCGAAUUAUGAUUCCUUAAAGGAUGUAAUUAAUGUUAACCUAGUACCAUUUGGAAAAUCAGAGAGCGUUAAUAAUGGAGCACAGUUUUUCUGUCAGCAUGGUCCGGCCGAAUGUGAAGGCAAUCGCAUGCAAUCAUGUGUUCUAGACCAAACCUCCAAUCAAGAUGCUCAAGUUAAAUUUGCAGUUUGCCAAAUGAGCGGACAAUAUGAUUCCUCCAGUCAAUAUUGUGCUCAAUUAGCUGGACUAUCAGGAGAUAUCACAGAAUGCAUGAACUCAGACCUAGGAACUGUUUUACAAUUGGAAGCCGAAAAGAUAACUAAGAUCUAUGAUCCUUCUUUUGUUCCCACUAUUGUCUAUGAUGGCAAAUUUGAUCAGAAGCUACAAGAUCGUUCACUUUCCAACUUCAAGGAUGUGGUCUGCAGUCUUCUACAGGAACGUGGUUCUAUUGCAUUUAAUACCGUUUGUUAAAAUAUGUGUUUGUUUGUAACUUUUAAAGACAUAAAGGAUUAAAAAACAGAAAAA